CGCUGCGGCGGGGCGCAGGGAGCGGGCUCCCACCGAGCUGUCAGAGCGGGCCGGGCCGCCGAGCUUUGCGGUCUCCGCGAGCCAGCACGCAGGGUCGCUGCCCGAGGGCGCGCUCGGCCGCCCGGCACGCGAGCGGGAUGUACCUCUCGUGGGGCCCCGGCCCCCGCGGGCCCGUGAGCCGGAGGCGGGUCGGCCUGGGGGGCGUGGAGCUGCGACAGGCGGCCUCCGGGGAGCGGCACUCGCUGCUGCUGCUGAGCAACGGCCAGGUGCACUCGUGCGGGGACAACGGCCGCGGCCAGCUGGGGCAGAGGGGCGCGCCGCGCUCCGCGCAGCUCAAACGAAUUCGGGCCUUGGAAACUCUACACGUUGAUCUCGUGAGCUGUGGAAAGGAACACUCUCUUGCUGUCUGUCACAAAGGAAGGGUGUUUGCAUGGGGGGCUGGUUCUGAAGGGCAGCUGGGAACUGGAGAAUUUAAGGAAACAAAUCUUAUACCUAUGAAGAUAAAAACUCUGAAUGAUAUAAAAAUUAAACAAGUUUCCUGUGGACACUACCACUCUCUGGCAUUAUCAGAAGGUGGCCAAGUGUUUUCAUGGGGAAGUAAUAGUGAUGGACAGCUGGGUCUGGGGAAGAAAUUCCCCUCCCAAGCCAGCCCGCAGAGGGUGAGGUCCCUGGACGGCAUCCCGCUGGCUCAGGUGGCUGCAGGUGGGGCCCACAGCUUCGCCCUGUCUCUCUCUGGGACCUCAUUUGGCUGGGGAAGAAACAAUGCAGGGCAGCUGGCCCUCCACAAGAAUAAUGUCUCAGGACAAAGCUACAAGCCUUAUUCAAUUAGUGCUCUGAAGAAUCUAGGUGUGAUUUAUAUCAGCUGUGGUUAUGAGCACACUGUAGUACUUACCCAGAAUGGGAAAGUGUUCACAUUUGGAGAUAAUACCUAUGGACAGCUGGGACACAGCCCCACUGCUGAGAAGAGUGGUCCACAACUCGUAGAAGGAAUUGAUGGCCUAGUUUCACAGAUAGAUUGUGGAAGUUACCAUACCCUUGCAUAUGUCUACACUACUGGAAAGGUGGUGUCUUUUGGUCGUGAACCAACUUGCAAAAGCAGCCCAACUCAUCCAGAGGCUCUGACAGAGAACGUUGACUUUACUUGCCUGAUUUCUGCUGAUGACCUUGUGGAUUUUCAAGUCAAACACAUUUUUGCUGGAACGUAUGCAAAUUUUGUGACAACUUAUCAGAACACCAGUUCCACAGACGUUCCCAGGAAAAUCCUUCCAGGAAUAAGCCAAAUUAACGAGUCCUUGACAGAAAAAUGGAUAGCAGCAAAAAAACGCACUGAAUGUGAAGUGGCUAAGAGUGAAAUUGCAAUGAUAUUUUCAUCUCCUGCUUGUCUGACUGCAAGUUUUUUAAAGAAAAGAGAAUCUGCAGAAACGACUUCCAUUGAUGUGGACUUAAAAAAGGCAAGAGAUACCUUCAAGAAGUUAACAGAAACACAAUGGAUUUCUUUUGUGAUAACUACAUGUCUCAAGGAUAAUCUACUCAGAGCUCUUCCAUGUUGUUCUUUACACCGAGAAGCAUUAUUAGUUUUCCUUCUGCUCCCAGAAUGUCCAGUGAUGCAUGAUCCUAGGAACUGGAUGGAUCUGGUGGUUCCAUUUGCAGAAGCUGUUUGUAAAAUGAGAGACCAAUCUUCAAAGAUCCUGAAACAGUGUUGGGCAUCUUUGCAAGAAUCUUCUCUCAACACACUGGUCCAGAUGCUUAAAACUGCCAUCAUCUCUCAGUUCUAUCACUGGACUCAAACCAAUCAGAGUCACUGCAAUCUUAAAGCUCUUCUAGGAAUGAUGAAAGAAGUGCAUAAGGUAAACACAGCUAACUGUCAACUACCAGAAAAUACUUUCAACAUAAAUGAACUCUCUAAUUUGUUGAAUUUUUAUGCAGAAAGAAGACUGUUUAUGGAUAACAACCUGAUACCUGCAGAAAACUCCAGUCCCAUUAUUUUCAGUGAUUUUCCAUUUAUUUUUACUUUGUUAUCCAAAAUUCAAUUAUUACAAGCUGAGUCCCAUUUGAAAAUACUGCAGAAAGAAUACCUGCCUUGGGGGCAAGUGAUUCCAUACAACGAACUCCAUCCAUUUACACUUAGAGUCAGACGACGUCACCUAGUUGAAGAUGCUCUGCGUCAGUUAAGCCAAGCUGAAGACACUGACCUCCAUAAAGCAUUCAUGGUUGAAUUUAUUAAAGAAAUUCGAUCUAUAGGAUAUGGGGUAAAAUCCGAGUUCUUCUACAGUAUAUUUGAAGAGAUGACCAAUAUAGAAUAUGGGAUGUUCAUGUAUCCUGAAGAGGGUUCCUACAUGUGGUUUCCUGCGAAGUCUAAAUUUAAGAAGAAAAGAUAUUUCCUUUUUGGGAUACUGUGUGGACUCUCACUAUACAACUUAAAUCCUGCCAAUCUUCCUUUCCCACUGGCUCUGUUUAAGAAACUUCUGGACCAAAAGCCAUCAUUUCAAGAUUUAAAAGAACUCAGUCCUCUUUUGGGGAAGAAUUUGCAAGAAAUUCUAGAUAAUGAAGCUGAUGACACUGAAGAACUUUACAUAUAUUUUUCUAUAUACUGGGACAAAAAUAAUGUUAAUUUAAUUCCAAAUGGGAUUUCUGUACCUGUGGACCAAACCAACAAGAAAGAAUAUGUUUCUGCAUGCAUCGAUUACAUUUUUAACACCUCUGUAAAGGCAGUUUAUGAGGAAUUUCAAAGAGGAUUUUACAAAGUCUGUGACAAGGAAAUACUUGUUAAACUUUUCCAGCCUGAAGAACUAAUGACAGCACUGGUUGGAAAUAAUGAUUAUGACUGGAAAUAUUUUGAAGAGAAUUCACAAUAUGGUCAAGGAUACCACAAAUCACAUCCUACUAUACUGAUGUUCUGGAAAGCUUUCCACAAAUUAACUUUGGAGGAAAAGAAGAAAUUCCUCUUUUUUCUUAGAGGAAAUGACAGGCUGCCUCUAAGUGGCAAACAGGAGAUAGGAAUCAAAUUUCGCUGUCCGGAAACUUUCAGUGAAGCAGAUUAUCCAAGAGCACUGACCUGUCAUAAUAUUCUGGACCUUCCUCAGUAUUCUACAAUGGAGAAAGUGGAGGAAGCCCUUCAAGUAGCCAUCAACAGCAACAAAGGAUUUGUCUCACUCUGAGUCACAGAACAACAGUGAUCCACAGAGUUUUGGUGAGGCCUCAGAGUCUCAAGCCUUCCACUCUUCUGUUCUUCCUUAGGUCUAAGUAGCACAAGGGGUUGAGAGGAAUUAGUUGACAAAUGUUGGGAUAAACAACAAAAUGAUGAAUCAAGAGUGAUUAAAAAAAAAAAAAAGAGUACUUUUUGAAAAUGAAUCCACAUUUCUUGACCCCUAAAUUUACCAGAAUGUUUGCUUUCUACUGAAUCAUUCCUGAACAAUAAUUUUCAGUUAAAAAUAAACUGAAUUUUAAAAACUAACAUAUUUUUUUAAAUGUUGUAUACUGGGGCAGCCCGGGUGGCUUAGUGGUUUAGUGCCACCUUUGGCCCAGGGCCUGAUCCUGGAGACCCUGGAUCGAGUCCCAUAUUGGGCUCCCUGUAUGGAGCCUGCUUCUCCCUCUGCCUGUGUCUCUCAUGAAUAAAUAAAUAAAAUCUUAAUAAAUAAAUAAAUAAAUAAAUAAAUAAAUAAAUAAAUAAAUAUUGUAUACUAAUAAACAUUGUCUGCAAAUAUGAAAGAUAGGCUGAAGCUUGAAUAAGUAAAAAUAAUUCAACAUGUUUUUGAGGCAUGCAAAUGUAUAUUUUAUAUUCUGGAAGGUCUCCAGAGUUUUGAUUUUAGCCAACUGUUGAGUAAUUUAUUUGAAAAAUCUAAAUGUUAAAGAAUUCAUUGAAUAAUCACUUAUGGCUCAAUACUGUGUUACAAAAAUCAUUUUUAAUGUAUAUAUCAUUUUGGUUAAACACUGAGCCCAAGCAGGAACUCAUGUCUAUUGGUAUUUGGAGAAAAUGAAGAACAUGAGAUAUGUCUUAACAAUACGGCUAUGGAAUGAAUUAAAAGAGAGACAGAAGUA